AUGUAUGCCUUUCAUGCUACUAAGAAUCCGAGAUUGGCGAAACGCGCUGUAAGUCUGAUAAUCAAAACAAAACCUGUCGCGUAUGUUAUAAAACAAAUUAUUAAAUUCCUAGGAGUGAAGUUUCAUGUUCGCGGGAAAGAGAACAUCGUUAAAAAUUCUGGCAGUAUAGUUCUAAUCAAUCAUCAAAGUGUAGUUGACUUAUGCGUUUUAGCUGAACUGUGGCCGUUAUUAAAAAGGGGCACGGUUAUCGCGAAAAAGGAGAUAUUGUACUUCGGAUUGUUUGGUAUCACAACCUGGCUCUGGGGCACCAUCUUUAUUGACAGAAAGAGAAGCAAAGAGGCUCAAGACAUUUUGAACGACGCGGGGAAAACCGUCAAGCAUUUAAAGGCAAACCUUUUCUUAUUCCCGGAAGGCCAUCGACACUCCGGUUCUACGUUAUUGCCUUUUAAGAAAGGCGCGUUCCAUAUUGCGAUCGCAACACAGCUGCCGAUUCAACCGGUUGUUGUCUCCAAAUACUACUUUUUGAAUUCUAAAGCGAAGACAUUUAAUUCAGGUAACAGUUACAUUACGAUUUUACCUCCCAUUUCUACUGAAGGCUUAACGAUGGACGAUCUUCCAAAGCUCAAAGAGGAAGUAUAUGCUUGUAUGAACAAAACAUACACCACAACGUCGCAAGAAGUAGUAAACGAAUACGUAGAUAGCGUAAUAGGUAAAUAA